AUGAAAUCACUUUGCCAUUUGAAGCAAUGAUUGUCUCCGGCAUUAAACAGGCAAUGCGCCUCCAACGUACCUCUACAAAAUUAAAAUAUAAAACUUUGUUUUACACGCCGGAUUAGGCGCACUAAUUGGUUCAAUACAAACAAAUGAUCGGACCGGUAUCGAUAUUGAUCGUCUCGUCAGCGGUGCCAAAGCUUGUAUGGAGAAAAAAAUUAGAAUAGUUUUAACCCUUUCUGGCAAUAAUACAGGUGUUAAGAUGUUCAUACAUUAAAUAGAUAUCAUUUUUGCAAGGCUUGCUUUGAACCAAUUUGUAUAGGCAGGUGAAGCCCUCGUGUGUGUUUAUAGUUUUAAUAUUGUCUGUUCUCGCGAAAUUCUGAGAUAAUUAGAUGGUUUUAUAAAUUUGAAUGUGCGACAUUUGUAUAUUUCACUUGGGGACCCAUAACGUAAAUAAAAACGUAUCGACGCAAUUUCUUAGCCACAUGGGAGCUCGUUUCUUUACCAAUCGCAAUUGUGCUGUAAGUGUAUACUAUUUAAAACAAAAACCCUUUAAAAGAUGCGCUAAAAUGUGUACUGUUCUAUGCGGAAAUCAAACUACUGUAUAUGUUGUCCGUGAAAUGGAGGCACCGCAACUCGUAAAGCCCACCGUUUCGGUAGGCAACGUGCCGCAGCUGACGCAGGACGUGCUGGUGGUGACGCUGCGCGCCCGCCGCGCCGGCUUCCUACGCUCCUCGUGCUACGUGCCGCUCGUCGGCAACAACCCGUACAGCGAGGACGGCGCCGACGCCGACCGACUGCACGUGAGCACCGAGGUGUACGUGGCACCUGACAAGCGGGUGGCGCUCGUCCAGAUCCGAUCUCCCAUCAUCAAGGGCCGUAAGAAGCGCGCCCGCCGCGAGAUGCUCGACUGGGUGGAGGCUGGCGGGUUUUCUCGCGUCGUCAUCCUCUCCAGCAGCUUUGCUCACAUGCGCACCGACAAGCAGCUUGUCGGCCCCCCCUACCGGUUUCUACUCUCCCCGUCGCUGGAGGCCACGGAGAGGCCUGUGGUGGAGGCCCUGGGCUGGACUCAGCUGGAGCCAUCUGAGGUCAUCCCCGGGCUGGGAGGGCCCCCCGAGCUCGCCAUCCCCGGAGGAGGGCUCUCAAAGGGACUCUUCCUGGACGGGAGUGCGCGGGGGCUGCCCGUGGCCGUCCUGCUGGCGUUCUGCUCCGAGGGAGAUAACAUACCGGACGCGCUCGCGCUUGCCGACCGCCUGCAGCAGUGGCUGCGCCUUGCUGACGUCGCGGAAGGAGAGUCCACUCCAAGGUGGAAAACCCCGAGCUCGUGGAAGAUGCUCUUUGGAGGCGAGAUCCCUCCAUCCCUCUUCUGACCAACGCCCCCUUGCCCCCACAACAACCUCCACCCAAUCUUCUCACCAUCUGACCUCUGACCUUCAGCCCCUGACCUUAAACUGCCACCGACCUCUUUUCAGCCAUCACAGCAGCACACGGCACUUUGAUUCUCUCAGCGUUUUCGGGUAACGGAGUUUUGCGUCUCAUUUUCAGCAUUAAGGAAAAGAAGGAAAAAAAUCUAAACAUCGAGAGAUUUUGUAUGAAAGAUCUCGAGGAAUUGAACAAUGAAUUUAUGAAUUGAUUAACAUCGGUUCUUACGCUCACAAUAACCCUAUGACCCGGAUGCCAUUGAGAAGCCUUCAGCUGUGAAUCGAAUUUCCGUAUGGGUUUUCGGUUGUUGUGGUAAUGCCAGUAACCACUAGAGGCGCUAUUGUGCACCACAAGGUGAAAGCAACCAUUGUUUCAGGUUUAUUUAAGGAGCUGAGAACUCAAGAGACAUCACGUCUCUUCCUGAAGCAUUUGAAAGGGCACCCCCAGUGGCAGCUGUCCCGUUUGCAGCACACGGUGACUGCACCUGGUCUGCAAUCAGGAAUUACUCUGCAAUUUGGCGGAACGGUGAUUGUUCCUCUUGUGUCCAAUCCCAGUUCAGUAGUUUGCUGUGUAACGUUUUUCGAGUUUGGUAAAUUUGGAACUCGACGGCACACAGUGGCCAGCUACUCUUGCGAGUGAUGUCAGGGGAUCUUUAACGCCCACUGUAAAACAGGCGGCGUGCAGUUAUGAUUAUUACAGAAGUAGUAAUAACCAGGGCGGCCACUGGAUUCGAACCACGUCAGAGUCGCCGGGCGGGGGGGGGGGGCGGGAGUGAAUCUUUACAUUUCUAGUUUCCCCCCCCUGUUAAAUUGUCAGCAACUCCAUUAUAUUGUAAAAAACAAAAGAAUUCGAAUAUACGAUGCAACGUGAAGAAUUCUCGAUGCCAAAAUGAAUAAUUGAACAUUUGUUCUAUAUCGCCGCAAAAAAAAUAAAAUAUUGUUUUCAUCCAACAGUCUUUUGGCAUUACAGAAUAAUAUCCAUAAGCGUUUAGUUAAAAGGGUGGGGUGAGUGGGAGCGGUGGUGGAGCGGUUACCACACUGCCCGAUGAGCUCACCAACCUGAGUUCAAUUCUAAAGCCACGGCUAACGUUGGUGGCGAGUGAUGAAUGAACCCUUUAUCCCAACCCGUACUGACCGGCAGGGGGAAGUAUGGUCAAACAACCCCCAUUACUGAUGUGGUUAUGAGGAAGCUUCAUCAAGCAGUGGACUGCCAAUUGACUCUAAGCUAUUCUUUUUUUAUGCAUUUGGUUGUUUAUUUAAUAAUUCGAUGCGUCGACCUGGUUAUCUGUUGCAUCUUUAUUUCAUGAGCUAACGAAUGAUGGUAUUUGAAGGGAACACCCUCGGGGUGUGCGGUCAAUUAUUCUUCAGUUGAUUUAUUACUCCAUAAAUGUUUGUCAUUAAAAUAAAACGCCAUCUUUUA